CCUCCUCCAGGGCCUGCUCGGAGGAAGUGCUCGGGUCUCAUAGGGCGGGGGUGGUGGCGCCCCUGGUCGCCAUGGCCACAGAGCCCGCGGCCGCCGAAUCGACUGUUCCGUCGCUCGUGGAUCGUUACUUCACUCGCUGGUACAAAGCCGAUGUCAAAGGCAAACCCUGUGAGGACCACUGUAUACUACAGCACUCCAACCGAAUAUGUGUCAUCACAUUGGCAGAAUCUCAUCCAGUUCUUCAAAAUGGAAAAACAAUUAAAAACAUCUCCUAUCAAAUCAGUACCAACUGUAGCAGACUUCAGAACAAGGUCUCUGGGAAAUUUAAGCGGGGGGCACAGUUUCUAACAGAGCUUGCACCUCUGUGUAAGAUUUACUGCUCAGAUGGAGAAGAAUAUACUGUAUCUAGCUGUGUUAGAGGACGGUUGAUGGAAGUGAAUGAAAACAUUCUCCAUAAGCCAUCUAUUCUUCAAGAGAAGCCAUCCACUGAAGGCUACAUUGCAGUUGUGUUGCCCAAAUUUGAAGAAAGUAAAAGCAUAACAGAAGGCUUACUGACACAGAAACAGUAUGAAGAAGUCGUGGUGAAGCGCAUGAAUGCCACAACAGCUACGUCAUGAGGACUGAGAUGGGUAACGAAUACCACGGCGUGCUUACCCCUCCCCAGCCUACGCGAUGCGUGCGCUAAAGAAGAACCAGCAUGUGUGACACAUGCUUCACACCUAGCCAUCCGCAGAGAGGCCUGAUCUUCAAACUUAACCUAGUUUCCCCUCUUCGUCUUGCAUAACAAGCCUUGGUUCCCAUUUUGUCCUCAGCCUCCCAGAUCUGCCCUGCCCAUGUACCCACUCUGUUCUUUUACCUUUCUUAACAACUGGCAAACAAAGGAUGUUUUUCUGAUUAAAAACAAAGCACUUUGAGGAAAAUUUGGACAAGACAGAUAAGUUUUAAGUAGCAAAGUAAAAAUAAUUUACCCAUGAUCUUGUAACCCACUGGUAAAUACUACAUUUUGACAUGCUUCGGUUUGAAUGUUACGGCAUGGUUAUUGUUUUUGCCUCAAUUUUCCCCAGUUUGAAGUUAAAAAAAAAAAACAGGCCUUUUUUACCCAAUCUGCUUCCAAGUGACACUACCAAAAAGGCUGGUGUCGCCUCUUCAGCCCCAACUCUUCUCCCCUUAGGUCAGGGGAGAGGCAGAGUAUACUUGGCCACUCCUUAUGUGGCUCAGAUGGCCUUCCUCUCUGAAACAAAGUCCAGUGUAACACUGUGGCUUCUUAAAUGAGGGAUACAGGAAAAGGCUUUGAAAACUACAAAGGGCUUUCCCAACAUGGAAGUAUUCUAAUGCGGCGUAAAGCUGCUUAUUACAAUACGUACAGUGUAGUCGCUCAGUCUCACACUCUAGCUAUGGGGUAGCCAGCCAAGAAGUUACUGAGAAGUUGCCAUAAUCCAAAGACACAGAUGCCUCUGAAUGGAACAAAAACUUGAUCAUCAUCUAAACUGAAAAGGGAACUGAUUUAUGAUUUAAGAUUGUCUACUCAUUUACAAUGAAUUUCAAAUAAAAGGACUUUUUAAAUUGUCAUUUUUUUAA